AUGAAGUGGGAUGCAGUUGAAAAGAGUAAUGAAGUAAUUGAAAAUCAAAAAGAAUUAAAGAAAGCAAAGGAAACAAUCGAGAGGGUGACUGUUGAACCUGUUCAUGCACAAAAUGUUGAUUUAAGUCCUGAAGGAAGCAUGGUAGGUGAAUUUAUGUUGGACUUCAAGAGGCAGAUUAAGAAACGAAUACAUGAGUAUGAUUUCAAAGCAGUAUAUAAUGUUGGAAGAACAAGCAGUCCGUAUAUGUUGACACGGAACUCUGUUGUGAUGAUGCUUGAGGAGGAGCUUGGAGUGGAGAUUAUUGUUCGUGGAUAUUAUAAGCCAUUUGAGUUGAAUGCAGAAACCGAUGGAUCUGAUGCAUUGAUGUAUGAUGUUUAUGCAGCAACACCUGAGAUUUUACGUAAUGCAAUGAGUAAAAUUAGAGAAAAGAUCAAAGCCAUAGACGGGUAUAUGAAAGGAAGAUAUGAAUCCGUGUGGAGGCAAGUGAUAAGGAAUGGAGAGAAGUAUUAUUCAUCAAGGAUACUGUUACAGUUAGAGAAUGAAGCUGACAGAGAUUUGAUCAAAAAUGAACUGCUUAGGAUUAUGCAUGAGUGCUCUGUGGAUGCCACAUUGAGAGGAAGAUACUCAGGAUACAUUGAACCUUGCUUGGAAGCAGAGUCUAACGAGCCAGCAUACAUUCAUCUCGUAUCCAAAAACAAGACGAAUCUGGCAACAGCAAGAAGAUUCUGUGAAGAUAUAGUUGCAAGAUACAAGCAAAAAGAGUAG